AUGUUCAAGCUGUCUUUUCUUCUCUCUUUCCUUGCUAUCUUCAACAUCUCUAAUGCCGAGAUCAUCGAGUGGAACUUGCAGGAAUCGCUAAUGCCAUACGCUCCUAUCGCAAUGUUCGCUGGGGAUACCAUCACAUUCCAGUAUCCUGGAGACAACAUCGAUGUCUUCCUCCAUCCAUCUGGAAGCUGUAACGAUACUGGUGCAGAACUUGUCGGUGCAGCAGGAGCUGGAAAUGCCACGUAUACUUUCAAAGACAGUCAAAUUGACACAAACGUUACAUUUGCGUGCCAACACUGGAACUUCUGUUCCGAGUUUGGCAUGAUCAUUGAUGUUCUUGUUAUGGAACCACCCCCGUCUUCAUCUCCUACUAUGGCCCCUUCGAAAACAGCAGCACCCACUACAUCUGAACCCACCGCUGCACCCGUAGCAAGAGCUACUCCUCCACCAACAUCUUCAUCUGGGACACCACCCGACACGCCUACGACAAAUCAGGCUCAACCUGAAUCCGGAGCUGCAUCAAUGGGUGCAGCAGUGUCACUACUGCUCUCCGCUUUCGUGUUGUCGAUGUAA